CCCACCCCUCCUCGCUGUGGCUUCAGAAUCCUACCCGGAGAGAGAGAAGGUCUUGGAAGCGUAUCGGCCAGCCUUAGUUUUAAGAAGUUGAGUCACAAUGGCACGUACCAAGCAGACUGCCCGUAAAUCCACUGGUGGAAAAGCACCAAGGAAGCAAUUGGCUACCAAAGCAGCCAGGAAGAGUGCACCCUCUACUGGUGGUGUCAAGAAGCCCCACAGAUACAGGCCAGGCACAGUCGCUCUGAGAGAAAUCCGCCGGUACCAGAAGUCCACAGAGCUGCUGAUCCGCAAGCUGCCCUUCCAGCGUCUCGUGAGGGAGAUUGCACAGGACUUCAAGACUGACCUGAGGUUCCAGAGUGCUGCCAUCGGUGCUCUUCAGGAAGCCAGUGAAGCUUAUCUGGUUGGUCUGUUUGAGGACACCAACCUGUGUGCCAUCCACGCCAAGAGAGUGACCAUCAUGCCCAAGGACAUCCAGCUUGCCCGGAGAAUCCGAGGGGAGCGUGCUUAAAAGGCAUCACUACACCCCCACCCCACUUCAAUUUUUAAUUAUUUUUUUUUUAAUAAACUAUCUGCAAGACUGGUGGGCAAAAAAAAAAACCCUUUUAUUGAACUGAUAAAAACCCUCAUGGGUAGGUUGAAGUUGUAUUUUGUAUUUUUGUUAGUAUCGAUAGAAAACAAAGUUUUCAGUGCAAAAGUAGCAAGUGUUUUGUAAAACAUUCCUUCAAACUCGCUCUCAGGUUUUUAAACAAAUAGGUUUGUAUCUGGAAUUGUAAUACACCUGGCUCUGUAUGUUAGCUGGAAUGUGUAAUCUGCAUGCUAUAAAGGGGAUAAGUUAUUGGUAGACUUCAUUUUUUUUUUUUUUUGCAUUGUGGUGACUUAAUUGGGUUGUAAAUAAACUUUCCACUACCUCACCCCUCAA